GACGACGACGACGACAACGACGACUACUACCACACACACACCAACAUCUCCUUGUGCACACACACUUUACUCUUCACACACACCUCGUCGAACGCAGCUCGCGCAUCGCCGCUUGAUCGCCGUUCCACCUCGCCUUGCGACGCUCGCAUUCCCCCUCUAAUCUCCCUCUAGACGGACGCCCAUCUCGUCCACGCCGCCCUCCUUCCCUCUCUCACCACGCCGCCGUCUUCGCGCAAACCUUCACACAUCCCUCGCUUUCACUUUCACCACUCAUCACCAUGCGCGUCGCCACCGUUGUCACUGCCUUGCUACUCGCAUUGGGCGCUAAUGCCCAGCGAGACACUGUUGUCCAACAGGCUGGUAACACCGUCGUCGUCAUGUACACCACCGACAGGAAUGGAGACGACACUACCUCGACAAUUUCGACCAUUCGCGGAGCUGCCGCUGGCGUCGUUCCACCCGUCCUCACGACCCCGACGGACCCCGCGCUCGCUACGGCGCCUACGACGACGAGACAGACCAACACGAGAACCGCCACCCAGACCCAGCCAAAGGGUAUCGUCGGCGCCCCCACCACGACCUACGCCCCUAUGACCGCUACGACUUACUACUACGGCGACGGCCAGGUCGGCACAUGGCGCAACUCGUUUACCCCUGCGGCGGCCGCCACCGCCGCUGUCCCCGCUGGCACGGUCCAGGGGCUGUCGGAGUACCUCAACUCGGUGUCCAAGGCCGACCCCUCGGCUGCUUCUGCCAACGCUGCUGCCAACGCCGCGAACCCAAGCGGCGCCUCGGCUGGCCGACCGGCCGGUACCACCAACGCCGCGUCGCGCGGCGCAACCGUUGCCACCUGGUCGGUUGUCGUCGGAGCCGUUGUUGGUGUUGCUGCCAUCGCCUUCUGAUGAGCGCGAGACGCUCCACUUUCCUCGCCUCAUUUCCGCCCACUGCACGACGCGCCACCCGGCCACCUCUGCACGGCCUGUACCAUCGCCCACGUCACGGACUCUCACACGUCAUGACAGUCACACCAUUAGACCCCCCACCACCCCGUGCUCCUCGAAAGCGCGCGCGCUCGCGCCUAGCUCCCCAACACACUUUUGUUAUUUCACUUUGAUAGUUAUACCAGGCUGUGAUAGGAUGCACGCCCCCUGAUACAUG